UCAGACGUUAAGGUCUGCUACCUCAUUUCAAACUCACCUCAUUUCAACUUCCCUCUUCUACAAAUGUUUCAUCCCUCGCAUUGGAACUUUUUGUACUUUAUACUGUCUGGGGCGGAUCACGUCAAGAAAAAUAUAAGGUCGCCAGUCUGCUAUGGAAGAGGAGAGAAAGGAGGGGGGUCCGCCCUCUAAGACCACUCUGUCUGGGGAACAUGGUUGUCAGAGCAAAGCUAAGAGCCCGGAGCAGCAGGAGAGAGCAGACUCCCCUGCAUCCAGCUGUGACUCCAUGGAGACUGAACACUCUAUGGAUCCACCUGUUACGUUUAAAGAUGGAGACGUCCAACCUUCUAAGAAAAGAAGGAGGCAGGGGAGAGCAGACUCCCCUGGACCCAGCUCCCCUGUCUCCAUGAAGAGUGACCGAUCUAUGAGUCCACCUGUUCAGUUUAAAGAAGGAAAUCAGUCCAUUGACAAGAGAAGAGUCAAGCAGGAGAGGGCAGACUCCCCUGUACCCAGCUGUGUCUCCAUGAAGAGUGACUUGUCUAUGGAACAACCUCCUGAAUUUAAAGAUGGAUGUCCAUCCAGAGAGGAGAGACAAUCCCAGGAGAGGUCAAAGGUUACCAGUUCUCAGCAGCAUCCAACAGAGCUGAUCAAGAGGGUUGAGGAGAACGCACACGCUUUCCUGGACGAGGAGCUGAAGAAGCUCUGGAGGGAUCACUUCCCAGAUUACCCACAAUGCUCAGAGAGUCAGUGCGAGGAGGAGGAGGAGGUGGAUGGUAAGAAAGAGGAGCAGAGGAGGCGCGCCAUAGAGGGAGUGGUGGACAUCACAAAGCUCUGCCUGAUGGAGAUGAACCAGGAGGAACUGGCCGACACACUGGGGGACAAAACUGCAGUGUGCCAACGUAAAAUUAAGUCUCAUCUGAAGAAGAAGUUCAGGUCUUUAUUGGAUGGAAUCGCUACAGCAGGACAGCAAACAGAUCUGAAUGACUUCACAGAGAUCUUCGUCAGAGAGAGAGGGACUCGAGAGGUCAACAAGGAACAUGAGGUCAGACUGAUUGAAACAGCUUCAAGGAAACCAGCCAAGGAGGAAAUACCAAUCAAAUGUGAAGACAUCUUUAAACCCUUAGCAGGCCAAGAUCAACCAAUAAGAACAAUAAUGACAACUGGAGUCGCCGGCAUUGGUAAAACCGUCUUAACACAAAAGUUCACUCUGGACUGGGCUGAAGGCAAAGCCAACCACGACAUAUACUUCACAUUUCUCUUCCCUUUCAGAGAGCUGAAUUUACUUAAAGGGAAAGAGUUGAGCUUGGUGGAACUUCUUCAUCACUUCUUUAUUGAGACCAAAGAGGCAGGAAUCUGCAGAUUCAACCAUUUCCAAGUUGUCUUCAUCUUGGAUGGUCUGGAUGAGUGUCGUCUUCCUGUGGACUUCCAGAACAACCAGAUCUGGACUGAUGUCACAAAGCCGACCUCAGUGGACGUGCUGCUGACAAACCUCAUCAGGGGCGACCUGCUUCCCUCCGCUCGUAUCUGGAUAACAACACGCCCUGCGGCAGCCAAUCAGAUCCCUUCUGAGUUUGUUAACAUGUUUACAGAGGUGAGAGGGUUCACCGACCAACAGCAGGAGGAGUACUUCAGGAAGAGAUUCAAAGAGGAGACGCUGGCCAGCACAAUUAUCUCCCAUGUGAAGAAAUCACGAAGCCUCCACAUCAUGUGUCACAUCCCAGUCUUAUGUUGGAUCACUGCUACGGUUCUGGAGGACCACUUCAAAACAUCCAAGAUCAGGAAAGAGAUGCCCAACACUAUGACGCAGAUGUACAGCCACUUCCUGAGGGUUCAGUCCAUACAGGCAGACAGGAAGAAUCAUGGCAGAGCUGCAACAGAUCUGCAGUGGAGUUCAGAGAUCAGGGAGAUCAUUGUUUCUCUGGGAAAACUGGCGUUUUACCAGCUGGAGAAGGGAAACCUCAUCUUCUACGAGGCAGACCUGGCAGAGUGUGACAUCAAUAUUGGAGCAGCCUCAGUGUACUCAGGAGUGUUCCCCGAGAACUUUAAGGAGGAGUGUGGGCUGUACCAGGACAAGGUGUUCAGCUUUGCCCAUCUGAGCAUCCAGGAGUUUCUGGCUGCCCUUUAUGUCUUUCAGUCCUUCAUCAACACUGGUGAGAAUCUGCUUUCAGAAGAACAACAACCCGACUGGUAUGAUAAACAUCACCUCCUCUACCAGAAGGCGGUGGACAAGGCCUUACAGAAUGAGAAUGGACACUUUGACUUGUUCCUUCACUUCCUCCUGGGCCUCUCUCUGGAGACCAAUCAGAUUGUCCUACAAGGUCUUAUUGGAAAGACAGGAAAUACAUCACGGACCAAUGAGAAAACAGUGCUUUACAUCACAGAGAAGUUAAAUGGAAAUCUCUCUCUAGAGAGAAGCAUCAAUCUGUUCCAUUGUCUAAAUGAGCUGAACUACCGUUAUCUAGUGGAGGAGAUCCAACAGUUCCUGACAUCAGGAAGUCUCUAUAAUUGUUUAGAUCGUGAUCAGUGGUCAGUUCUGGCCUUCAUCUUACUCUCAUCAGAAGAGGAGCUGGACAUAUUUGACCUGAAGAAAUACUCUAAAGAGACUGCUAAAGAGAAAGGUCUGCUGAUGCUGAUGCCAGUGGUCAAAGCCUCCAAAAAAACUCUGCUUAAUGGCUGUCAUCUGUCAGAGAGAUGCUGCGAAGCUCUGGCCUCAGUUCUCAGCUCCCACUCCUCUAGUCUGAGAGAGCUGGACCUGAGUUCCAAUGAUCUGCAGGAUUCAAGAGUGAAGCUGCUCUCUGCUGGACUGGGGAGUCCACACUGUACACUGGAAACCCUCAGGCUGAAUGGCUGUCAACUGUCAGAGGGAUGCUGUGAAGCUCUGGCCUCAGUUCUCAGCUCAAACUCCUCUAGACUGAGAGAGCUGGACCUGAGUACCAAUGAUCUGCAGGAUUCAGGAGUGAAGCUGCUCUGUGCUGGACUGGGGAGUCCACACUGUACACUGGAAACUCUCAGGCUGACUGACUGUCAUCUGUCAGAGAGAUGUUGUGAAGCUCUGGCUUCAGUUCUCAGCUCCAACUCCUCUAGUCUGAGAGAGCUGGACCUGAGUACCAAUGAUCUGCAGGAUUCAGGAGUGAAGCUGCUCUCUGCUGGACUAGAGGGUCCACACUGUACACUGGAAACUCUCAGGUUGUCUGGUUGCCUGAUCACACAGAAAGGCUGUGAUUCUCUGGCCUCAGCUCUGAGCUCUAACCCCUCCCAUCUGAGAGAGCUGGACCUGAGCUACAAUCACCCAGGAGACUCAGGAGUUAGGCUGCUCUCUGCUGGACUGGAGGAUCCACGCUGGAGACUGGACACUCUCAGUGUGAAGCACGGUGGAUUCCGGAGGCUGAAAUCAGGUCUAAAGAAGUAUGCCUGUGAAAUCACACUGGACCCAAUCACAGCACACCAAGACUUCUCUCUCUCUGAGGACAACAGAAAGGUGACACGGGGUAAACGGGGCCAGUUCCGGGGCCAGUAUCCUUAUCAUCCCGAGAGGUUUUUGCCCCUUUUCCAGGUGUUGUGUAGAGAGGGUCUGACUGGCCGCUGUUACUGGGAGGUAGAGUGGAAUCAUCAUGUUUGGAUAGCAGUUACAUACAGAGGAAUCCAAAGGAAAGAAUGGGUUAAUGAAGCAUUUCUUGGAAAAAACGACAAGUCCUGGAGUAUUGAGUGUAAUAAUGGUGGUUACACUGCCUGGCACAACGAUGGAAAAACAGACGUACCUCUCCCCCCCACUGGCUCCAACAGAGUAGGAGUGUAUCUGGACCGGCCUGCUGGCACUCUGUCCUUCUACAGUGUGUCCCCAGGUGGAGGAGGGUCCUCAGACACACUGACACACCUCCACACCUUCCAGUCCACCUUCACCAAGGAGGACCUCCUCCCUGGGUUUAGGUUAGAGUGGCGGGAAUCCUCAGUGUCUCUUUGUCAGAUUUAGCAACACACACACACACACACACACACACACACACACACACACACACACACACACACACACACACACAAACAUAAUAAAAUAAAUGGUAACGAUUGCCUCCACAAACUAUUAUUGCUUCGCUAAGGUGAACCUUUCAUCAGGAGGUUAUUUUGGAAUUGUUUUGUUAAAGGAUCAUGUAUAAUAGGGGCGACAGUGGUGGGAGAGCCGGUUGACUUGUAACCGGUAGGUUGCUUGUUCGAUCCCCGGCUCCUCCUAGACGAGCCUUGAGGUGUCUUGCAAGACGCCUCAACCCUGA